GCCUCUGUCAGUCUUCGGCAAUCCUAUGGACUCUUCCCUCCUUUGUUUUCAACCCCGCCGUGGUCUCCCGCCUGUAAAACUGACGUCCAGAGGACAGGCACUCAAGCGUCCUGUGCUCCAGUCACAGCCAUCUCUAUCCUUCCCUGAGGAGCCAGCAAACCCUCAGGAAGAUUUGCUAUCGCUAGGAGAAACUGAGGCAGAAAGGGCAGGCUGCUGUUUUAAGACCGAAGCAUGGAUUUCAGAACCCCUGACCUGCUGGAAAUGUGGCUGGAGCCUCCAGAAGACGUCUUCUCAACAGGAUCCUUCCUGGAGCUGGGACUCCAUGGUCCACCUUCAGAGGUCCCAGUAACUAGGCUACAGGAACAGGGGCUGCAAGGCUGGGAGUCCAGUGGGGGCCAUGGCUUUGGUCUUCAAGAGAGUGAGCCUGAAGAUUUCCUGAAACUUUUCAUUGAUCCCAAUGAAGUGUACUGCUCAGAAGCAUCUCCUGGCAGUGACAGUGGAAUCUCUGAGGAUCCUCGCCAUCCAGACAGUCCCCCUGCCCCCAAGCCACCCAGUUCCCCUGCCCUCUAUGAGGUUGUCUAUGAGGCAGGGACCCUGGAGAGGAUGCAGGGGGAAGCUGGGCCAGCUGUAGGGCUCAUCUCCAUCCAAAUAGAUCAGUGGAGCCCACCAUUUAUGGUGCCUGAUGCCUGUGUGGUCAGUGAGCCGCCUCCCGAUGCUCAUGCCCACAUCCUGCCCAGAGCAGGCACUGUAAACUCAGUGCCUCCCGCAGCCCUGCUGCCCUGUCAAACCUUGUUCCUGACAGAAGAGGAGAAGCGUCUGCUGGGACAGGAAGGGGUGUCCCUACCCUCUCACCUGCCCCUCACCAAGGCAGAGGAGAGGGUCCUCAAGAAGGUCAGGAGGAAAAUCCGUAACAAGCAGUCAGCUCAGGACAGUCGGCGGCGGAAGAAAGAGUACAUCGAUGGACUAGAGAGCAGGGUAGCUGCCUGUUCUGCACAGAACCAGGAGCUACAGAAAAAAGUCCAGGAGCUGGAGAGGCACAACAUCUCCCUGGUGACUCAGCUCCGCCAGCUGCAGAUGCUCAUUGUUCAAACCUCCAACAAAGCUGCCCAGACUAGCACUUGUGUUCUGAUCCUUCUUUUCUCCUUGGCUCUCAUCAUCCUGCCCAGUUUCAGCCCCUUUCAGGGCUUACCAGAAGCUGGGCCUGAGGAUUACCAGCCUCAUGGAGUGAUUUCCAGAAACAUCCUGACUCACAAGGACAUGACAGAAAAUCUGGAGAAUCCAGCGGUAGAGUCCAGAUUGGAGGGGCCACCUGGGGCCAAGGGUGUAAAUGGCUCAACAAGGACACUGCUUGAGAAGACAGGAGGGAGGGCAGGCCCCAGCAGGCACAUCAGAACUGUGCUGCAUGCAGAUGAGAUGUGAGCUGUAACACUUCCUGGCCCACUUCUCAAUCACAAUAAGGAAUCCAGGGCUCCGCUGUGGUUCUGCUUCCUCCUGGGGUUCCCACUCAGGGCUCUUCGGCUUCAGGGGUCUGAAUCACAUCAGGAUGCCCUAGAUGUCUGUACCCCAUGGCUCAGUCUGCCUAUGUCAGGAGGCACCUCAAAUACUUUUGUCAUGUAUCUGUGAUUUUAUUUCUUCUUUGGGGAUAGAGUUGAGGGGAAAAUGACAUUUUGGCUGAGAAAUAAAUUUUUUUUUUGC